UUUUUCAUUUAUUUGCGUACAUUCUCGUUUUGUUUUGCCCAAUUGUUGGCGUAAUUUGCAUAAGAAAAAACCGCCUGCAUAAAAAAUGGGCUCAUCGAAAAAGCACAAAAAGAACAAAUCGGAGCGGCGCGAAAAAUAUGAAGAAUAUAGUCAGCACCAGGAUCCAGCACAAUUGCAGCGCGGCCUAAAGCUGAUACUGAAGGUGGGCUCAAAUGCAACGCCCGAGUACAGCGCCAAUUCACCGCUGACAGCCCUGGAUGGACACGGCCCGCCCACCGCCGCGGAGGCAAUGAUGGCCGCUGCGCCGGACAGUCCCACGGUGCCCGAGGAGCUGCAGUGUGGUGGCGGCGGCGGCGAGCUGGGCCACCGGGAGCGUCACAAGAAGUCCAAGAAGAAGAAGAAAAAGAAGGAUCGCGAAAAGAAGCACAAGCAUCACAAGGAGAAGCGACAUCGCAGUCGUGACCGGCAUCGCGAACUGUGCUCCGAGGAUCGGCACCUGGAUGAGACACCCAGCGCAGCGGACGAUGCCGCUUGCAGCGGCUUCUCAUCGACACAGCAGCGCAGUCCGCGCAGCCAGGCGCCCGCCUCGGCUUCAGUGGAUGCCGAUUGUAGUCAGGAUGGAUUUAGCUUUAUGGACGACGAUGCGGAUCAGUCACAGCCACUGCCCGAAAAUAUCUUGUACUAUGCGGGCAUUACCACCGACAAUUCACCCUCCAAUUGUCCUGUCACAAAACCCAUAGCUCCGCGCAAACUGGACGACAUGCUGCUCGGCUCGCCCACAUCCUCGUCGCUGGGCAUGACAUCCAGCGGCAGUCCAACAAAACCGCUGCCCGAUCUACUGAUACCCUCACCCUCCGGCUCGACGGCUGCCUCCACGUCUGGCGGCGCCAGCUCCUUAAAUGCGCUAACGCCCAAAGCUUUGGAGGCGCCCAAAACCCCGAGUAGCAGCAGUGAAUCGGGACGAGAGCCGCGUAGCUGCGUGCUUAAGCUGAAGCAACAGAAGUCGCCGCUGAAUAAGCUGCUGGAGCAUUUGCUCCGCUUCCUGGAGAAACGGGAUCCGCAUCAGUUCUUUGCAUGGCCCGUUACCGAUGACAUUGCGCCCGGCUACUCGUCGAUCAUCAGCAAGCCCAUGGACUUUUCGACAAUGCGCCAGAAGAUCGAUGAUCACGAGUACGCGGCGCUCAGUGAUUUCAGCGAUGAUUUCCGGUUGAUGUGCGAAAAUGCCAUACGCUAUAAUCAUGUGGACACCGUUUACCAUAAGGCUGCCAAACGAUUGCUGCAGUUGGGCCUGAAGCAGCUGCAGCCGGAGAAUCUAAUGCGCACGUUGAAACCGCUUUCCGGCUAUAUACGCGAACUGACUGCCAAAGAGCUGGGCUUUGAGCUGAGCUCCAAUGAGCUGGCCGGCUACGAUGCGCACGAUUCGGCGGACGAGGGUGCAUCGACGGGCGCCGAGGAGCCGCCCACGCCGGCCCAGCUGGAGGAGGAGGAGCGUAAACGGGCGUUGCGUUUGGAGAAUGCCCCCAAAACGCACUUUGAACCCUACGUGGAUGAUCUGACCAGCGAGGAGAUACUCGCCCAGGUGCAGGGCGCCGCACAGCAGGCCAAACAGCGCAUCAGCGCCAAACAACGUGCCCACAAGAUGGGCUUUCUGCGCCAACGCAAGGACGGCACCACCACGCUCAAUCUGUUGAUGCGGGACGAGAACGAGGGUCCCGAAAAGGUCGUGACCAUUGGUGAUCUGGUGGGCAAACUGCCGGCGGGCAGCGCCCAGUUGCAUGGCAUCCACACGGAUCAGCGCAACGCGGUCAAACCGGUCAAGCCGCUGGGCUAUGGCCCAUUUGCCAGCUUUGCGCCGACAUUCGAUUCGCGCUUCUCCACGCUCAGCGCCGAGGAGACGAAACUAGUGCUGCGCACCUAUGGCGAUGCCUCCAGCGCCGAGUACGCCGAGAGCAUAUUGCAGUUUACAAAGGACUCCAGCUACGGUACGAACAUAGCCAACGGCCUGCUCGACAUUCUCACCAAUGGGGAGCACAGCAAAUCCCUGGACGAGCUCUACAACAUGCAGCUGCACAACUACGAGCAGCGCGAAAUUGAGAAGUGCUUCAAUAGAAAGCAGGAGCUGGAGCAGCAGCCGGAGACGAGCGCGCAAAUCGAGCAGGAGUACGAGAAGUACAAGAACACACGGAUGGACUUUAAGCGUUUGCGCUCGCUCAAGGAUUUGGGCAUUGAUGUGGACUUCCUCGACGGCAUGGAGACCGAUAUGAAGAACUUUGAGCUGUCGCGUCGCAUGCACGAGCACCUGAACAACAAUAUGACGCUCAUCGAGAAGUUGCGCUUGUUGCAGCAGGAGCGUCUGUCCCAGCCGCUGCCGGCGCAUUUGGCUCUGGUGCCGCCCGCUGGGCAGGAGGAAUCGCAAACGGCACAGCAACUAACCCAACAGCUUAGCGACUUGGCCAAAAAGCUGCCGCCCUCGGCCAUUGCCGAUCAAUACGCACUGCGCAAGGCCAUGGGCAUGUCCUUUGCCGGUUUGCCACCGCCUCCGACAGCAUCGCCACGCGUCCAGCUGCCCGAGCUGCUGCAGCAGCCGGUGGCGCUGCCUCUGCUCCAGCCCGUUGCCGUCGGCCAUGUGCCCAUGGACAUUGAUGAGCCAGACGUGCACGCUGGCGGCGAUCUGGAGAACGAGCUGCGUGAAUUUCUCGAAAGCGGCUCCGGCAUGCACACCUCCUCCAAUCCGGCGGACGAUAACAAUAUUGUCGCCCAGCUGCUGCUAAACUAGAAUUCACGAUCCUCCAUCCAGCACGAUUGCCCCGCGCGCAAUGUUAAUAAUACUAGAUAACAAACAACGCUAAAUUAUUUUCAUAUAUAUUCGAAUCGCACGGCAUUUUCAAUAAAAAAAAAAGGAGAAA